UUUCACAGAGACGCAACUAGGGAGGGGAGAGCACACAGAGAGAGAGAGAGAGAGACCGGCGAAUUACACACAGCCCCAGACACAACGCUUUGGAGGAUGCAGGAACAAAAACCAUUUCCUGCUAAGACAGUCGGUUGAUUGACAAGCUCGUCGUCCAAUCAAAUCGUCGCCAUGAUUGCCACGGGCGGUCUGCUGCGUAUGAACCGGCGCCAAGACUCCCAGCGAUCCAAGAACCACGCUGAGAACCAGAGGAAGAGGAAACAAGCAGAGAGGAAGAAGAAGAACGAUGUGGUAGUGGUGAAGGGGAAACUCAACCUGUGUUCCCCAUCUGGGCUGGUGGCUGCGGUGGGGGUAGUGGUGUUGAUGCUGGGGAUAGCCAUGGCUGUACUGGGCUACUGGCCACACGAAGGCCACAGCCAGGGGUAUGCAUCCAGGGUAUCACCAGGGGAGGAGCGGAGAGACAACGGCAGGAUGAGCUACUCCAAGAGCCGCCUGGUGUCUGUCACCUGGAACAAUAACAAGGACAACAACACAGCCAACCAGACUGUUGGGGAGUUGACCAACCAGACUGUUGGGGAGUUGACCAACCAGACUGUUGGGGAGUUGACCAACCAGACUGUUGGGGAGUUGACCAACCAGACUGUUGGGGAGUUGACCAACCAGACUGUUGGGGAGUUGACCAACCAGACUGUUGGGGAGUUGACCAACCAGACUGUUGGGGAGUUGAUCAAGCAGACUGUUGGGGAGUUGACCAACCAGACUGUUGGGGAGUUGACCAACCAGACUGUUGGGGAGUUGACCAACCAGACGAGUGCUGAGUUGACAAAUCAGACGAGUGAUGUUAUGAAUGGAAGUGUUCCUCAACCUGUACCUGUGUCUACAAGUCCUCGUUCUCCCUCGGGUGGGUUUCUCACUGAGUUCCUGGACAGCUAUCUCUACUCAGACAACUUGAAGGUGUUUGGGCCCUUAGUGAUGGGGAUUGGCAUCUUCCUCUUCAUCUGCGCUAACGCUGUGCUUCACGAGAACAGAGACCAGAAGACCAAAGUCAUCAACCUCAGAGAUAUCUACUCCACGGUCAUCGACCUCCACAGCACACGGACCAAGGACUACUCGCCGAUUAACGGACUAGUGAACUAUGUGCAGUCCAGGGGCAGUGUGGACAUAAAUUCGGGUUCGUUCAAUCCUGGCGAGAUGCUAGAGCAUGGUCGCAGCCCUUGGCCCUCCACUACCGUGUCAAGCCACCAGGAGGAGUUAAGUAGCAGUGAGCAGCAGUGUAGACGACCGUCAAUGGCGGGCCGGCAGCGGAGCUGGUCCAGAGACAACCAGACGUUCCCGGAAAGUGUGUAUAGCAUCUACAGAGACCAGAAGCGCAGGUGUUCAGAGCAGACACCCUACCCCAGGCAGUGGGACUCAGAGCAGGCCUCGUACCCCAGACAGUGGGACUCAGAGCAGGCGACAUACCUCAGACAGUGGGACUCAGACCAGGCCUCGUACCCCAGGCAGUGGGACUCAGAGCAGGCCUCGUACCCCAGACUGCGGGACUCAGAGCAGGCCUCGUACACCAGGCAGCGGGACUCAGAGCAGGCCUCGUACCCCAGGCAGCGGGACUCAGAGCAGGCCUCGUACCCCAGACAGCGGGACUCAGAGCAGGCCUCGUACCCCAGGCAGUGGGAGGGUGCAGCAUCCAUUGUCAGUUCUUCUUUUAACGCCUUCACCCUCCCGAUCAUCACACUUAACAACUGUGCAGUGGAGGAGGGGGGACAGGCCGAGAGAGAGGAGGAAGAGAUUAUAGAUGUGAAGGAUUUUAGUGGAAAUGGGAUUGAGCAAGAGCAAGUAGCAGGUUAUAGUCAAUGUCUGGGUACUAAAGAGAAGGAGUCUUCAAGGAGGACCUCGAUGAAUCCCCAGGAAUCCUAUAGUCAAAGUCUGGGUACUAAAGAGAAGGAGUCUUCAAGGAGGACCUCGAUGAAUCCCCAGGAAUAUGAGGGUGGUACCAUCAUGACCCUAACUGAACCAGAUGAGGCGCUACAAGGACAGACUCUCACCCCACAAGGCUCCCAACUGUUCCCCCCAUCUCCCGUUUUCAGGGCGAUGACGGGGAUGGGAUCUCGCCUGUCACUCAACUCCCUCUCCAACCAAGGGGGGGACCAGCCCCAGUCGGCGCGACGAUGCAGCCUCACCGUGGCCGUCUGUCGUCAAGGCGACCGGGCGCGUCGGUACAGCUGUACGCGUCUGGAGCGUUCGAACAGUAAGGGAUACAUCAAACUGGAAACCGUGGACGGAGAUUCCUUCGAGGCACCAGAUGUAAUGACUUCCUGUGUGCCCGACUCGAAUCAGGAAGAAGAAGUAGUAGCAGAAGCAGAAGCAGCUCAAGGAAAAAGAGAGAGGGUGAGAGUCACCCUUAGCUCUUCUUUAACAGAACUCUAGACAGAUCUGUCUCAAUCGUCAUGUCAAUCUCUUUAGACAGUGAUCGAAACUGACCUAUAGAGUCAAGGUGCAGCCAGAAGGAACUCAGGAGAGGAGAGGGAGAUACAUAACUCUUCACGACACAUAAACUCUAGACAGAUCUCUACACAGAACUCUAGAACUAUCUCUCCGUGUCUCAUCAUUGUAGAUGGAUGUCAUAGGCAGUAGAAGACAGGGAUCAAAACUGACCUAUAGAGUCAAGGUGCAGCCAGAAGGAUGUCAGGAGAUCAGAGACAGGGAGAAGGAGAGACGAGAGGGAGGGGAGAGAGAAGGAGAAGGAGAGAGAAGGAGAG